AUGUUCGCGCUCGCUGCUGUCACAGCUCUGGCUUCGGCCUGGCUUGUCGGUGCUCAAGAGCAGGACAACAAUGCGUAUCACCCACACGCUUCCUUCGUCUUCAUGCGCACCGGAGAGCGGACGCCCAUCAUUCGUCCUGGCCCUUCCGUCCUCAGCGCUUUGGGAGCAAACCAAAUGUACACGCUGGGACAGAACUUCCGAACAAGAUACAUCACCGGCCAAUCGCCCAGCAGCCUCGGCCAAGAGCACAUUGCGGGAAUGUCGCCAAACGUUUUGAACAAUGAGCAAAUUCUGGUCAAAACACUGGAUACGGAGUAUCUGGUGGCAUCUGCACAAGCCUUCAUGCAGGGACUGUAUCCCCCGCGUGCUCUCGGAAAUGGAACAGGCGAUGCGUCUGGCCUCCUUGCCGAUGGGAGGGCGAUUGACUAUCCGCUCAAUGGCUAUCAGUAUGCAAGCGUCAAGACCUCGAGCCAGCUCGACCCGGAUUCAAUCUACAUAGCAGGAGCGCAGAAUUGCCCCGUGGCGCAAAAGGAAGCGAUGAUGUAUUUCACGACUGAUGAGUUUUUGGAGACGAAAGCUGCGAAUAAAGAUUUUUACAAGAAUCUGAGUGUGGACUGGUUCGAGGGCAAUCUGAAGAGUGACCAGCUCGACUAUAUAUCUGCCUAUGAAAUUGCAGAUUAUCUUGCCUACCAAUACGCCCAUAAUUCGACUAUUUACCGCAGGCUCGCAAAUGACUCCACAUACGACGGUGUCUACGACAAGAUCCGCCACCUCGCGGACCAAGAAGCAUGGUACCUCUACGGCAACACGUCGUCGUCGUCAACCGACAACGACAACCGGGCCAUAGCUGGCAAAACGCUUGCAGCCGCCAUCCUCGAUCAAUUUCAAAAGCUCGUCACGGAUAAAACGAGCGGCGGCGACACGACAGACUUCUCCUACCCGCUCACAUUCUACGUAGGCGAGCAAGAGCCCAUGAUGUCGCUCAUGUCACUCAUGAAAGCCGACUCCCACGACCACGACUUCCGCUCCAUGCCGCCCUUUGGCUCAGCCAUGGUCUUUGAACUCUUCAGCACAGGCGACAACGUUGAUUUCCCCACGAACAAAGAUGACCUCUGGGUACGCUUUUACUUCCACAACGGCACAGAGUACGAGAACAACCAGAUGAUGGCCUUCCCUAUCUUCGGCAACGGCCCGUCUAGGACGGACAUGCCGUGGAAGGAGUUCAAGGACAUGUUUGCCAAGAUCAGCGUCAGCACGCUGACGGAGUGGUGCGGCACGUGUGCGAGCCCAAGCCUGUUCUGCUGGGGCGUCGACAAUCCGAAUGUGUCCUUCGUUCUGCCGGGCCAGCACCACAAAUCGAAACUCUCGCCCACUGUAGCGGGCAUCAUUGGCGCUAUCGUCACCCUCGCCGUCGCGGGAUUUCUCUUCGCUCUCGCCAUGCUCCUUGCCGGCGUGCGUUUCCACCGCAACCCGCGCUCCAAGCAGGCUGAUCUCGGCGGGUUCAAGGGCUCGGCCAAGUUGGCUUCGGAUCCGGACUUGAGUCUUGCGCAGAACGCGGCUGCGCCGGCGGGGAUUAGCUUUGUGAAUGGCGGUGGUGCCGGCGGUGAUAAGAAGGGGCAUGAGAGAGUGGGCAGCUGGGAGUUGAGGCAGAAGGAGUUGGGGCCUCAGCCAUCUGGGGAUUUUGCGGAUCAGAGUCGGCGCGGCAGUUUUGAUGCUAUUGAUGCUGUUGCGGGUCAGCCUGUGCAACCGCAUGAGCGCGUCUAA